AUGACUCUCUUUGAUGGCAUCUACCCCUUCUACCUGCAGCAGAGGAAGAGCUUUGUGUUCGAUGUCAGUACCAUCAUUGUGGUUAUCGUCUUCCUGACGCUGGCUUCCACCUUCCUGCUCAUCAUCCCAGGCAUCCGUGGACGGGUGAGGCUGUACUGGAUGGUCCGUGUUCUCUUCAGCCUGAUGGUGGGAGUGGUGAUUGUUGUUGUCCAGUUUACAGGGGACUGGGAGAGCGGCUGGGUGACAGCAAACACCUCCUACAAGUCCUUCAGCCGAGCUGUGGUGAAUGCGGACAUCGGGCUGCACGUCAGCCUGGCGGGGGUGAAUGUCACGCUGGUGGGAAACCCAGUGAAUCAGGUCAAUGAGACCAUCAACUACAACGAACACUUUGCCUGGAGCUUUGAUGCAGACUACGACCACAGCUAUAGCGAAGGCCUGGAGAAGGGGCUGCCCAGCCCCAUCCUCUACGUGGCGGAGAAGUUCACCACACAAAGCCCCUGCAACGUGCACAGGCAGUACCGCAUCUCCAGCCACUAUGCAUCAGCCAGUCUCUGGGUGGCCUUUUGCACUUGGCUCCUCUCCAACAUGCUCUUCUCCAUGCCUGUCCUAGUCUAUGGAGGCUACAUGAUCCUGGUCACAGGGGCCUUCAUGAUCUUCUCAUUGCUCUCCUUCUCCACUGUGAGGAACUCUCUGAUAUGCCCAAUCCAGUUUGGGACCACAUCCCUGCGCGUAGGCUAUGGGGGAUCUUUCUGGCUCACUCUAGCAGUUGGCUUGCUCUGUUUUGUGGCUGGGAUCACUGUUGUUGCACUGCACUACUGCAACUCUGACCUACUGAAAACUUUCUUUGAUCUCCAUGAGGACAAAGCAGAGGAUUACCAAGAGAUGACUGAAGUGUACGUCAACCUUCAGUUCAUGAACAGUACACUGUCUCCUCCUCAACCCUCCAAACUUACCCCUAAUGACAUCUAGAAGAAAAUUUUUCCUAUUCCUUACCUGAAGGCGGGCCUAAGAGUGCAGAGCAUGAACCUUUCUUGAUGUCUCCGGAGAC